UUUCUCCAUGCUUCGACCUUCCAUUCCGUGUGCCAGAGCUCCCUCCCUUGCUUUUGAGUCCCCCUGACCAUUCGAAACCCCCUCCCCACUGUGUCCAGUAUGAGCUGGCUGAGCAGGUUGAACCCGCGGGCUCCUGGGAGUCGGGCCGGCCGGAGCGCGGCACCCUCUGGUCCCUGUACUGCCGACCCAGAGACCUGCCUCAUGGUGUUUGAGAACCACUGGAGACAGGUGUCCUGGGUGUUGGAGCAGCGAGAGCCGUCUUCCUCCAGCGACGACCUGACGGCAGUGAGGAACCACACUGACCAGAUGCUGUGCCUACUGGCAGAGGAGCGGCUCGGAGAGGGCUCAGAGGGCAGCCCCAACAUGGGCCCCAUCCUGGAGUUGGUGGUCACCGACAACAUUUUGGAGCACUUGGUUCAGUGGCAUCUCCGCCGCGGCCUGGACUCCGAAAGCCAGGGGGCGCUGCUCAAGCUGUUUGAGAUGCUGAUCGGCCAGUCCCAGCAGCCCCUUUUGCAGCACAGAGCUGUCCUCCAGCCACUGCUGGGCCUGCUGGGAGCCUGUGCUGACCCACAGCUUGGCUGCCCUCCUGUCCUGGAAAAUAGCCUGGUGCUGCUCCUCAACCAGGUGUGUGUGUCCAUGGCCCGACAACCAAUGGUUUUGGAGAUGUUGUUCCGGAGCACACCAGCCCAGCAGGGUCCCACCAACUUGCUGAUCUUCUCCCUCUUGGUGCCAUUCAUCCACCGUGACGGGGCCAUCGGCCAGCAGGCCCGGGAUGCCCUUCUGCUGGUAAUGGCCGCCUCAGCCAGCCAUGAGGCCGUGGCACGCUACAUCACUGAGAACUCCUACUUCUGUCCGGUGUUGGCAACGGGCCUUAGUGCCCUCUACUCCUCCCUGCCCCGCAAGAUUGAGGUGCGGGGAGAUGACUGGCACGCCCUGCGGCGUGAGGACUGGAUGGGAGUUUCAUCUCUGGUGCUGUUCAUGAACUCGCUGGAGUUCUGCAACGCUGUGGUUCAAGUGGCUCACCCCCUGGUCCGCUCCCAGCUUCUGGACUACCUCCACAAUGGCUUCCUGGUACCCGUCAUGAGCCCUGCCCUGCACAAGUCUUCGGUGGAUGAGAUGAUCGCCAGCACGGCCUACCUUGACCUAUUCCUGCGCAGUGUGACUGAGACUGCCCUCCUCAAGACCUUCCUGCGCUUUCUCCUGCUGCAUCACCACGACAAUGACACCAUCUUGGACACACUGCUCACACGCAUCAGCAGCAACUCCAGGCUCUGUAUGGUGUCUUUGAGCCUCUUUCGAACUCUUCUCUCCCUCAACUGUGAAGACCUCAUGUUGCAGCUCGUUCUCAGGUAUUUGCUGCCCUGCACUCAUGUAAUGCUGAGUCAGCGCCGUGCUGUCAGGGAGACCGAUCUGUACGGGAAGUCGGCAGACAAGUUCCUGUCGCUCAUCCCAGAGUGCUGCCGUCUCAGUACAGUGCCGCCUGGUGAGCGGGAGGAUGACACUGUUUUCUGGGGCAAAGUCCUGAACAGCCCCAGCACAGAGUCUCCCGUACAGCCCAGACCCAGUACCCCAUCCCGCCUGGCCCUCUUUAUCCGCCAGCAGAGCAGUGGAGGGGGGUCUGGAGGAGUCGUUCCCUCCACUCCCACAAGCACCGAGCCAGCACCAUCUUCUCCCCGGGGCAGUGGACCUCCGUCCUCCCACCCCAUGUCCCCUGACAGCCCCAUGCACCAGCAGCAGGUCUCCAUAGACUGUCUGGACUGGGAAUCAGGUUACCUGGAGUACCUCCACGACGCCCGGCGGGGCAUUGAGCUCUGCUCCUGGGCCUGCCAAAACUGGUCAGCCCCCUACGAUGGAGAGAACCCCUCCCCGAACAUGGCCCCUUCUCCCCCGCCACCCCCCACCUCCAACCCUUCCCUGACCGUGUUCCCUGAGCACUUCUCUUUUCAGCACAGCGGAAGCAGUAAUAGCCCUCCAGGGCAGCAGAGGGCAGCCAUCGUGGCAGCAGCUCGCUCUGAAUGGAGCAGCUCAGAGCGGGACAGUGGGGAAUGGGACGUCACCAUUGGUAAGAACAACUGUAUCAGCCUCACGCCACGCUCCAAGAAGCGCAGCCUGCAGAGGGAGGAGCUGCCUCCAAAACCCAUGCCUCCUCUCCUCCCCGCCCCCUCUUCAUCUUUCUCCACCUCUCUGUCAGCCUCCAACACCCCAUCUUCCUCGGUGCCUCAUCUCCCCGCCUCUGCGUUCACGGUUACCCAUCAGGCCAUGCUCAAUGGAAUGACGGGGCAGGGGGAUAGCUGCUCCGACAGUCAGGACAGAGGCAUGGAGGUGAAGAAGGUGAAGAGAGAACUUGGGGAGCAACACCAUCUGGAUGAAAAUUCAAACCAAAACGAUCCCCCUCAGCCUAUGCACAACGAUGAUAAUGGUGACAUCAGCGACGAAAAACCUCUCUGUCCCAAACAGAUUCAUAAUCUGAGCCACUGCAGCCUGCCAUUAUCUGACAUCAGCAUGCCAAGCAGCGAUGGCUCACAGCGUUGCAGCGUGCCAUCCAGCCUCCCAGACACCAACCUCAAAGACCAAGGGCUGCAGUCCGUUGAGAGGCUUAUCGAGGAGCUCCUGGAGCAGGCACCGGGAGACCACCAGCUCUCUGGAGAUUCCAACGGCCAGGGCAUCAGCAUCGAGGCCUUCACCCAGGAACUGAGAGAACUGGAGGAUAGGAUGAGGGAGCGGAGUCGAGCAGCUCGCCAGCCGGAGGAGACAGCUGGAGUCCCCCCUUCAGCUGCGAGGCAGGUCGAUGAGCCUACACCAUCUUCACCCCUGGACAGUGAGCUGGCAGGCACGAGAGUCAGCACCAAGGCCAAGGCAGAGAGCUCUGUCAUGGGGCUCUCUAGUCCUGCCAGACCCCUGGGUCAGCCUGCGUCUCAACCUUACAUAGGUCCGUUCAUGGUAGUUCUGUUUGCUAAGCUAGAGAACAUGCUCCAGAACUCCCUGUAUGUCAACGUCCUGCUGACAGGCAUUGUGGCCCAGCUGGCAUGCUACCCUCAGCCUCUGCUGCGCUCCUUCCUCCUCAACACCAACAUGGUCUUCCAACCCAGCGUCAAGUCACUGAUCCAGGUCUUGGGUUCUGUUAAGAACCGCAUCGAGGCGUUUGCGGCCUCGCACGAAGACUUCCCUGCCAUGCUGCGGAAAGCCCAGCGUUACCUGGCGGCCCGGGGCAAAGUGGACUGGAGUGACUCACCUGUGGCUGUCCCUCCUCUGCGACGGUCCGACUCACUGGUGAAGAGCCGCAAGCCAUCCCUGGGCGACUUGAUCCUGCGGCACACCAACAGCCCCACGCGGGCACGCCAUGCCGCUCAGCUGGCCUUGGCACAUGUUCGGGAUGGCGGCCAGUCACUGCACAGUGCUCUGUUCCGGGGUGGCCCUGGCAGCGGGGGCGGAGUCAUGGGGCUGGAGAAGCAGGCGGAGGCACUGCGGAUUAAGAAUGCUGUUUACUGUGCAGUCAUCUUCUGCGAAUUCCUAAAGGAGCUGGCCGCCCUGGCCCAAGAGCACGCCGUCAGCCUCCCUUUCCCCCAGAGCCAGGGGGCAGAGGAGUAGAGAGUAAAAGCUAGACUCCUAACACUAAUUCUUAGCCUCCAUUGUAGCCCAUUUGUGUGGCCGCCAAGAGUUGCUUAAGCACAAGUGGGCAGGAAUUACAGUGCUGGCUCUAACUGACCUGGAAACUUGCACAGAUAUCAUCCCCCCCACCUGAGGGCAGACUAGAGCACUGAGACUGGAUGUCAGAUCAGAUGAAUAGCUGCCAUAGAAACCAUAGGAAUAGUUGAAAACAUUGGAACUUUCCAUAAUAAGAUUGGGAUAUCUACACAAGGA